UUUAUGGCCCACUCAUACAGAUUUUGCAUUACUCUACUUGGUUCAAUUCGCGCAUUAUUUUUGUUGUUUAAUUUGUAUCUAAAGAAUUUCGAAAUUUGGAUUGUGUGUUAGCAAUACUUUUCUGCUUCUAUACAAUAGAUUUGUGCAGAAAUCGAAAAACAAAAAUAUAUUUUUGAAUAAAACUCAAUAAAAGUUGGAUAUAAUCUUCAGUAAAAUGGCUGAUGAUUUUGAUAUAGAAGCCAUGCUGGAGGAGCCAUAUCAAAAAGGCAUUAAAAUCGGAUCACAAUCGAAUCACACUCACAGUAAUGGCCGAAAGGAUGACCACCAAAAAGGAAACCGAUCAUCAAGAAGUCCAUCAAGAACUGGAGAGAGGCAUAAAGGCAAUUACUUAAGGGAAUGUGAUAGAGACAAAGACAGGAACAGAGACAGAGAAUGUUAUCGAUCAUUAGAACGAUCUCGGGACAGAGAACGACGACGUUCUCGCGAAAAAAGGGGAAGUAAAUCCCGUGACAGAAGACGGAGUCGUUCGGGCGAUCGCAAAUGCAAUCGAACUCGUGAACGAGAUAGAAGAAGAAGUAAAUCUGGAGAAAGGCGCAGUCGUUCCAAAGAUAGGAAACUUAGUCCUAUUAGAGAGAAGCCUAGUAGAUCACAGCGGCUGAAUUCCAGGGAUAAAAGGCGGCGGAGUUACUCGCCGAAACCAUUCAAACGAGGGCGAACUCCUCCCAACGGAUUAGGUGAACAGUCGCCAAGAGCUGAUUUAAGUCCAGAGGAAAGAGACGCACGAACUGUUUUUUGCAUGCAGCUUUCACAGCGCAUCCGAGCCAGAGAUUUAGAAGAGUUUUUUUCAAGUGUUGGAAAGGUACGAGAUGUUAGACUUAUAACAUGCAACAAAACAAAGCGGUUUAAAGGAAUUGCUUACAUUGAGUUUAAAGACCCCGAGUCGGUUGCAUUAGCAUUAGGACUUUCCGGUCAGAAAUUAUUGGGCAUACCAAUUUGCGUUCAACAUACCCAAGCAGAAAAAAACCGGAUUGCCAACGCUAUACCAACGUUUACGCCUAAACCUCAUACAGGACCAAUGCGACUUUAUGUUGGCUCUUUGCAUUUUAAUAUUACUGAAGAAAUGCUGCGUGGAAUUUUUGAACCAUUCGGAAAAAUUGAUUCUAUCCAAUUAAUCUCCGAUACAGAAACAGGACGUUCGAAGGGAUACGGAUUUAUAACGUAUCACAAUGCUGACGAUGCGAAAAAAGCACUCGAGCAGCUAAACGGAUUUGAAUUAGCUGGCCGUCCAAUGAAAGUAGGAAACGUUACAGAGCGUCUUGAUAUGAACACAACUUCUCUUGAUACGGAUGAAAUGGACCGUAGUGGUAUUGAUCUUGGAGCAACUGGGAGACUACAGUUAAUGUUUAAAUUGGCAGAAGGUGCUGGGUUAGCUGUGCCCCAAGCUGCCGCAAAUGCUCUUCUAGCAACGGCUCCGCAACCAGUUAUAGUUCAGCAACAGGCACAAAGUCCCACCAUAGCAACACAGUGCUUCAUGCUCUCAAAUAUGUUUGAUCCAAAAAAAGAAACUAAUCCUUAUUGGGAAAUGGAAAUUCGAGACGAUGUGCUGGAUGAGUGCAAUAAGCAUGGUGGUACCUUGCAUAUUUAUGUUGACAAAGAAUCACCUACUGGGAAUGUGUAUGUUAAGUGCCCAAGCAUAACUACGGCUGUUUUGGCUGUCAAUUCUUUACAUGGAAGAUGGUUUGCCGGACGUGUUAUUACUGCGGCUUACGUGCCGCUUAUAAAUUAUCAUACUCUGUUUCCUGAUGCCCUUACUGCGGUAAAUUUGUUAUAUACUACAAGAAAAACGGCUGAAUAGGUAGACAAUUAUUUUGAUCUUGAUAAUAUGAAGCAAAACCCAAAAUAAAACUCAACUAGUUGAAGAUAUAGUGUUAAAAUAACUAGAAAUUGUAAUCCCAA